AUCGCCUGCAAUGUUCUGCAAAUGAAAAAAAAGCAGACAGUUUACCACGUUGCUGAGUGUUUGGUCAAUCGUUAAGGCAUCCAAAAUGGGUACCAACCCACUAACCAAGGAUCUGUUUCUCUGGUUCAUGUCAGUUAUUUACCUUUUUGCAUUUGCGUCCCUCUAUGUGCAAAUUCCAGGAUUGUAUGGUGAUAAUGGAAUUCUGCCAGCAAAACUAGUCAUCAAGGAUGAGCCCAAGAAUACAGAGGCUUUCUUCAAGGAGCAGGCGUCCUUACUACGACUGAUGCCUUUUCUGAAUCUAGAUGUCCAAACUGGGAUGGAUCUGCUAUGUGUGCUCGGAAUCCUUGUAUCCUUUCUGUGUUUCGUUCACCGGGGAUCCAGAGACAUGCUCUCUUUUUCUAUUCUCUGGAUACUGUACUACUCACUAUUCCAGGUUGGUCAAACAUUCCUUUGGUUCCAAUGGGAUAUUCUACUGCUGGAGACCGGCUUCCUGUGUAUCCUUGUGGCCCCGCUCCAACUGAGGCUACUGUGGUAUCAGACAUCUGCUUACAACAACCAUGAUACCAUCACCAUGUACCUGGUCAAGUGGCUACUCUUCCGGCUCAUGUUUGCCUCUGGGGUGGUCAAGCUGACCAGUCAGUGUCAGACCUGGUGGGGUCUCACAGCUCUGAACUGGCAUUUUGAGUCUCAGUGUCUCCCGACUCCGCUGGCCUGGUUCUAUCAUCAGAUGCCCGAGUGGUUCCUCCGACUCAGCACAGUGAUAACAUUUGUGAUUGAAAUGAUCAUACCAUUCCUGUUCUUUGCUCCGAUACGAUCCAUGAGGUUCUUUGCAUUUUAUGCUCAGAUCCUCCUUCAAGUUUUAAUCAUUCUGACGGGUAACUACAACUUCUUCAACCUGCUGACAAUGGCGCUGUGUAUAUCGCUGCUGGAUGAUGGCUUCCUGCUGGCCUGCAGUUACAAACGUUCUCCGAAGUCCGAGACGAGCACAUUGGAAUCAAUACCAUACCUUGGCUUCAUCCUGCGAAUGUUCAAGAAGUUCUUCAUGAUCUCCACCUAUGUCUACAUUAUUAUUAACACGAUCAGACACUUCAAUUUGAAAGUGAACCGCGAAGACUAUGCCAUCGAGUCAAAGAUAGCUUUCACCAAAGAUGAUUUCAACAAAUUCUUGGAAAAAGUAGUGCCGUUCACAAUCUAUAUUGGAGCAAUUGGACUUGGUGUUGAGAUUAUUCAAGCAGUCCUAAGGUGUUGGAGAGAGGAUGGCAUGCUGAAGAAACUCUGGUCGUUUUGUGGCUGCGUGGUGUUUGGAUUUGCUGCCGCUGGAAUGUUUGCGCUCAGUUUGGUUCCAUAUGCCCCAGCUUUACACAAGAAAUCAAAAGAGAUCGUACAUCCGUCUGUCCGGGAUUUAUUUGCGAGAACUCGUCAGUUCCGCCUGACAAGUUCUUACGGACUGUUUAGAAGAAUGACUGGUGUCGGUGGGCGACCUGAGGUGGUGUUUGAGGGUAGCAAUAGCAUGAAAAGCGGUUGGAAGGAAUAUGAAUUCCUCUACAAACCUGGCAAUGUGUCCAGGAAACUUCCCAUAGUGGCGCCCCACCAGCCUAGACUUGACUGGCAGAUGUGGUUUGCCUCUUUAGGCAGCUAUCAAGAGAAUCUCUGGUUUGUGAACCUCGCCUAUAGGAUACUGACUGGACAGCCGGAAGUGAUGGAGCUGAUAGACCAUAACCCAUUCCCGGAGAAACCUCCAAAGUUUCUGCGAGCUCAUCUCUAUCAUUACCAUUUCACGUCUAUAGACCCUUCUCAUAAAAAGCAUUCGCGUACCGACUGGUGGUGGAGAGAGAAGAAGGGUGAAUAUCUGCCCAUUCUGACCAAGGAUGAACCGACGCUGCUUAAUUAUCUCAGGCACCAGAAAAUCUUUGGGGGGAAGCCCACCAAACCGCCUGGAGAAAACUUCUUGGCCAAGUACAUCCAUCUUCUACGUGACCACCUUGGCCAAAUGGAAGGGUUUAACUUCGUUAUAUCGCUGUUCUUGGCCGGUCUGGUUGUGCGGUACAUGAUGUCUAUCAUCUGGUGAUGAGACAGUGGAACCUCGGUUUAAAUUGCGGACACCUCCAUUUACAGGACACUACCUCUAAAGGACAACACUUACAUGUAUUCUGCAUUCACCCCUGCCUGUACUAUAUCUUGAUGAAGUUGCUUGUCCGUUUGAGGUCUUACUCUGUUCCCCACUGUUUUCUGUAUCUGUGUGCCAGAAUUGUCCUCACAUAUCCUGGUGUAGGGGACAGUAUUGAAGGAUGUGUACUGGUGUCUGCACUUCUCUCUGGCAUUGGCAUUAUCCUGUAAAGAACAACACCUAUUUUGUCCAAGAUUUGUCAUCUGUAUUCGAUUGGACCUCUAUAACAAGGACACCUCUCGAUUCAGAACAGCCUUUGUUAGUACCAAGAGUGUACUUAAAAGAGAAGUUCCUCAGUUGUUGAUUUAUUUAAGUGUGACGGGAUAUGUUUCAGUCGCAGAUAUUUUGAUAGGGUACAUGUAGAUAAAGACUGGAAGUGUUAUUUAUUUGUUGAAAAAGUUUACCGAAUUUUAACACUUUUCCCUCAU